GCCUUGGGCUAAAAGAUCCUUAACAUUUUGGAGUGAUCCAGAUUUUGAGGCGACCAAUAGUGCCUGUGCCAGUGUUAAAAGCUCGGAUGGGAUCUCUUCUGUGUCGUCUGCCAUAAUCACGGGAUUCACUGGGCUGCUUGCAGGGUUCAAGUCCAGGUCCGAAAAUUCCAUUACGUGACGCGCGAUCGAAGUAGCGUCGAGCAUUGGAUUGUCUUUUUACACGACCCCCAAGAUGGCUUUAUAGGACGAUGCCAGACAAGCUUGGGCGCAAAUCCCGGCCGGUCAGAACGUUGAGGUCGGCGACAACUUACCGCCAGAAAAAAAGCAUAUACGCUUCCCCGUCCGUUGCAGGAUCGACCUCCAGCCUCGGGCGGCGUCUGAUCGUCCGUCGAACGGAUUCAGGUGGUAAAGGCAAAGCGAGAGCGGUGUCUGAGGAGGUAGAUGAUGAAGACUUUGACGAGUUGGCGGAAGAUGAUGAUGAACAUGACGAGGAUGUCGAUGAAUUGGCGGAUGAUGAAGACCUAAGCAUGGUCAAGGCGGAAUAUCGAGAAAGGGCAGAAAGGGCAUGGGAGACAAGACGGGAGAACGAGAGGAUCCGAGCGGAAUUGCGAGAGCAGAGGCUUGUAUCGCCAGCUCUCGACCUCGACUUACCAAGUGACGACUUGCUCAACGGUAUUCAUUUUCACGCCUCAAAAUUUUAUACCGCCCACAGUCUGAUCUUGAAGCCUCAGAAGCAAGUCCGACGCAGACAAUGGGGAUCAAAGAAGAGGAUGCUUUUACAGACAGAAGGUAUAGCGCCGAUAGAACGCAACGGAUUGGACAAGGACUUUUGGGUCCAUCUCAAACCUAUCAAGCGGAGGAGAGUGAUGAGCGUACCUUCUUGGGCAGUCCAAGAGGACGAUAGUGACUGGGAUGAGCAGAGCGGCUCAGACAACACAGGGGAGAGAACUGAAGAAACUGGGGAAGAGGAGGAGGAGGACAGCGAGUCACAAGCCGAAUCUCAUGGUCGAGCUCAGCCAAAUGUGGUAGAUUUGGCGGAACGCAGACGCCCUGAUCAAGCUCCUAAGAGAGGAUAUCGAAAGCAAUACAAGCAAAGAGACAUGUUCAAAUCCUUGGACGGUACGGCUCUGCUCGCCAUGGGAUUCUUGGUCGAACGCUUCAUCGCCAGGGAGCUCGCGAGGGCAGGCUAUCAGCCUAAGAUGGAGUCGGCUGACCGGGCAGCUUCCGCUGCAUCUCGGCAUCAUAUCGAGGCUGGAGAAGAUGACGAAGCAGGAGAUCUAGAAUCAUCAUGACCGACACGAACACGUCAACGACCUACGACCCGUACGACAAGCGAUGAAGCCGUCAUGCCUGUAUGCCACGCACGAAGGUCUCCAGAGAAGCACUGAGACAUGUCGAGAUGAUGGCCAUUAGUGCAUGAGAAGCGGACCGCUGUACAAGACGUCCUGAUCGAGCUAGACUUUAGACUUCUUCCCCGCUGACCG